UGCGCCGGGCUAGCUUGACAGCCACGUCACCUCCUCCUGAGGCUUUUCUUCUCGGGUCAUCAUUACCGUCUGAUAGAAGCCUGAGAGGGAAGGUUUGGAGACGUUUCGUUUGAUUACAUUCUCACGUUCGGAUCUAACGCGCUAGCGACGCUGUGCGGUGCUAGCUGCGAAGCUACUGCUCGGUUUCCUCCCGUCCAUCUCUGUGCUAGCUUGUAGUUGGCGGGUCUGUUUGCUAGUCGACAGCUCAAAACUCUUUUCUUCUUGGAGGUGUUUCGGGCCUUUAAGGAGUUCAUUGAACUUCGCGCGGCUGAAGCGGAACUUUAACAGCAUGAAUAUCUUUCGACUGGCAGGUGACGUGUCCCACUUGGUGGCUAUUAUCAUCUUGUUGCUGAAGAUAUGGAGGUCCAAGUCCUGUGCAGGUAUUUCUGGGAAGUCUCAGGUGCUGUUUGCUCUUGUCUUCACCACGAGGUAUCUUGACCUUUUCACAGUCUACAUUUCGAGUUACAACACAGUCAUGAAGGUGGUGUUUCUGGCUCUGUCCUACGCCACCGUUUACCUGAUCUACAUGCGCUUCAGAAACACCUACGAUUCAGAGAACGACACAUUUCGAGUGGAGUUCCUGUUGGUGCCGGUCAUCGGGUUGUCCUUCCUGGAGAACUACUCCUUCACCCCGGUGGAGAUCCUGUGGACCUUCUCCAUUUUUCUGGAGGCCGUUGCCAUAAUGCCGCAGCUCUUCAUGAUCACCAAGACGGGCGAGGCGGAGUCCAUCACCACCCACUACCUGUUCUUCCUCGGCCUCUAUCGAGCUCUGUACAUCGGCAACUGGGUGUGGCGCUACCACACCGAGGGCUUCCUUGACCAGAUCGCUGUUGUGUCUGGAGUCGUGCAGACUAUCUUCUACUGUGAUUUCUUUUACCUUUAUUUCACAAAGGUGCUCCGAGGACGAGGGAAGAUGACCCUGCCGAUGCCGGUCUAAACGCCGCUCUGUCACACGUCCGUGCCUGCCACGCUCCAGCGCCGGAGCUCAGACUCUGGCCUUCGUCUCUACGUGUGGACGUGGAACUGAGUGGUUUUGUGUCAAACGCUGUGGACCAAAAGAACCAGAUACCCUGUUUGAUUGGUACUGGAGGGAAUGUGUGUGUGAUUUCCACUGCUUUAUACAGUAAGUUGUGUGUGUUGUAAAUGUGACAGAAUCAUGUCGUCGACGUGUGCGAGGAUGUUGGGAUGCUGCACUGCAAGAAUGGUGGUUCCAGCCCGUUUUGUGUUUACAGUCAAAGGUUUCCACAUUACACUUCCUCCUAGUCACUAUUAAAUGAUGUCACUUCCUGUACAGAACCUGUUCUUUAUUUUUUUUUAUCUGGAGGGAAAAAGGGCUAACAUGUUGUAAAAAGCCAAAGAAGCAGCAGGCAUCUGCUGCGGUGUCAUAAUUAAACACUCUUGUUGUAACCUGA